CAGUCCCCUCCCGCCACCGCGCACCCCUCCACGACAAGGUGAGCUCGAGCACGCAAGAAACCACGAGAGAGAGGAAAGAAAGCGACGGCGACGAGCCGGGGCAGUUUGACUGAGGCGACGAUGGUGGUGCUCAUGGAGGAGUUAAACGGGCUGUCGCUGAAGCGGAAGGGCGCAGAUGAGCCGGAGCUGUUCGAAGCCGGCGCCGACGACCGCUCGGGGUUUCCGCUCUCCUGCCGCGCGACCAAGAUGCGCCGCCUCGCGUGCCCCGCCGGCGGCCCUCAACACCAGGGUGCGCCGGCGGAGGGCGUGGCGGCGGCGGGGCAGGAUGACGUGCCCGUGUACUGCGACGACGAUCCGGCGCCGGCCAGCGGCGGGGGCGAGGAGGAGGGCGCGCUGGUGUUGUACGGUGGCGGCGGCCGGUCUGACGCCGCGAGCGCUCGGGGCACGCCUCGCCUCGCCGUGCGCGGCGGGGCGGACUGGGUACGCGCCAUGCUCCGCGAGGCCGACAGCAGGACGGUGCGGGAGCUGCUCGCCGGCGCGGCCCAGGAACAGGGCUGCGACGACCUCGCUCUGGCCGUGGUGCCGUGGGUGCCACCGUCGCCGGCGGGAGAAGAGGCGGAGCCGUCAACGGCCGCGGAGGAGGCGGACGACGACGGCGACGAGGGCGCGGCGGCGAUGGAGGUCGAGGAAGGCGAGGCGCCGGGCCUUCGCUGGACCGGCCAGGCGUGCGGCAACGGCGCCGCCGAGGGGCUCGUGUACCGGUGGCCGCAGCACUGCAUGGCCCCGCCGCAGAUGCCGGCGGUGGCCCAGCCGAGCCCGGUGAUGUGGUCGUGGUGAACGCCAUGUGUGGUAGCAAUAGACAUUAGAAGUGUAGUAGAGGACAAUCCACGAGUGCAUCGAUUCCAGUUGGAAUCGACGCCAUUGGCGUCUUGGCGAUGGCAUGGGGUUACCUUUCGCCAUGCCGGGUUCUUGCAGAGAUAGAUCAGGAUCAGCCUAGUUGCUGCGACUGCGACAUUACCUUACCGUAUUCGCAUGGUCUGUAUAUUUUCCGUCCAUGUGUAAGAAAGACAGAGCGAAGAGUUUUCCAUUC